AUGCUUCGUGCAGCUCAUUUGCCUCGUGCACAGCCAGCAGCAUUGAACUUUCUCCUGGUAUCUAAACGAUGGCAACAAACACCCGCUUCACCUGGAUCUGGUAUAACUGCAUCGACCAAAUCAACACCAGGUUCACAUACAACUCAGUAUGCAACAAAUAAUCCAGCAUCAGCUUUCAAAACCCAAACAGCUGCAUCGAGACCAUCAUUCAACGCACCAAUCGACCGAACCAGUAAUCCUUACAAAACAACGACUAGUCCAACAUCUACUUACGUACCUCCUUCGUCACAAAGAACGAAUCCAUCCUCUGGUAAUAAAACUGGAGGCGGUGCUGGUACAUUAGUCAAAGCUAUUGUCUAUGGUGUUGCUCUUGGUGUUACAGGAACAUUAGCCUAUGCGGAAUAUGAAAAUGAUUCAUUUCGUCGUCAACUUGAAUCGACCAUUCCAUAUACUGCAACGAUCUUAGGUGGUAUUGAUCAAGUCAUUGAUCCAGUAUUGGGUCGACAAAAAUCAAUAACAAAAGGCAUAACCGAUAAAGUGCCUGAUCUAGCUUACGUUAAAGAUAAAUUACCGGGCAAAGACCAAGUGAAAAAACUUGGCGAACAAGUUAAAGAUGCAACUAAUCAAGUCGUGGAAAAAUUACCCGAUAAAAAUACAUUGAAAAAAGUCGGAGAACAAGCUAAGGAUGCAGUCAACAAAGUAACAGAUAAAAUAACCGAUCAGAGCAAGGCUAAAGGUCUUGUUCAUCAAACUACUGAUCAGGUGAAAGAUGCUGUUAAUACAGUUCGUGAGGCAUUGCCUGACACAAAAGGAUUGAAAAAGAACUUAGAUCAUAUGAAAGAACAAAUUCAAGAUGCAGCACAUACGGUUAAAGAAACUGUAAAGGAGGCAGUGCCAGCAUUGCCCAAAGGUCGAUCCGGUGAUUCAUCUGGCAAAUUAACUGACCCAGUCUUUAUAGAAGAAGCUGGCGAAAUGGCUGUUCCACCACCGAUACCGCAAGAUAAAUACAAAAAACUUGAAGAAGAGAUUAGCCAGUUAUUCGCCCCUUUGUCAACACAAAUUGAUGAAGCUUUAUCGGCUGCUCGUGAACAUAUUUCACACAUGAAAACAUUAAUUGAUAAUCCUCAUAUUUCGACUUCGGAUCAUGAAACAUGGAAAAAAGCCGAACAUUUGCAGGAACAAGCAAAAACGUCGUAUGAAAAAGCUACUGACAAACUUCGCGAAUGGAAGGACAAAUUAGUUGAAUAUUCAACCGCAACGAACGGUCAAAUACAUCCAGAAGAAAAGAAACUCGAUGAAAAAUACCAAGAAUUACAUAAACAGUACACAACAUCGACGUUUGUCAAGAAUUUUCGAACAUAUAUCGAUGAAGCAACAAAAUCCUUUCAAAAAGAGAUCGAAACCAUGUUUCCAAGUUUAGCCGGAAAAAAUCCCACACAACUGACACAUGAGGAUUUACAAGCUCUGUUAGUUCACGCACAUCGUCGCGUCGUUAAACUUCAGAAUGACAUAGCGCGUAUGCGAAUCAAUGAAUCGGAUUCGAUCAAAGCAGGUGUUGAAUCAGCGCGCUCGGAAAUCGAUCGUCUUGUUGAAGAGCGUGUCCAAACUCGUGUAGCGAAAACAACGGAGCAAUUAACUGAAGAAUUGAAAUCUUAUGAAAAGAACCUUCGUCAACAAUUUGAUGAACAAUUGAAAUAUGAAAUCGUUUUACAACACCAAGCAUUGACACAAUAUCUAGCCGAUGUUCUUUCGCGACAAUACCAAGAAUGGGCACGUGAAUACGAAAAACAACUUGAAAAUGAAUCGAUGAAAAUCAAUUUGAAUUUACAAAACCAAUUACGAUCAACGCUAGACCGUUUGCAUGCAAUUGAACAAGCAAUCGAGGCCAACUAUGAUAGUCAACAACGUGGCCGACAAGCACAACAAUUAUGGAUUCAAGCUCAGAAUAUUCUUAAUCAAAUCGUUCAUGGUACAACCACGGAAAAUGAUCUCGAUGUGAUUUCAAAGAUAGUUCCCAAUGAGAAAUUUGUUCACAUACUUUUGAAUGAGCUAAAAGCUGAUGACUCGCCAGUGACCAACGAAGAAAUGCUACGUGAACGUUUCACUCAUGUCAACAAACUAUGCCGUCGUGUAGCGUUAAUUGACGAUGAACAUAAUUCUCUAUGGAAUUAUUUUCUUUCCUACUUGCAAAGUUUAUUGAUUGUCCGACAACGUGAUGAUACAAUCCUAACCGACGAUGCUAUUGAUCUCAACAGACUAAGUACAUUCACGAUCUUAAACUAUGUUCAAUCCUACUUAGAUCAUAAUCAAUGGUACAAUGCAUUGCGGUUAAUGCAAUUACUGUCAGGUGAACCACGGAAUGUCGCACAAUCAUGGAUUGCUGACACACGAAAUUAUUUAGCAAAGAAACAAACAUCUGAACUACUUGAAGCCUAUUCAAAUUCAAUUGGUCUUGGGACAUUACCGCGAACCGCUUAG